GACGCUGUCGAGCGGAUAAAUUGGCCUGCCUGAGCUUAACCCGUGUCAGUUACCUCAAUAUAGCCAAUGAUCUGCAGGAGGUCGAGGAGGCUGAGCCGGCUAUAUUGCUUAAUACCGAUCUAUUGGUAGCACCCAAUAGUCCAGCCGAAGAGAGUUCGCCGGACGAACUUAUGGCACUGCAAUUGGGCAAGAAGUUGGCCCAAGUUUUGGGCAGUGGAUCGGGCACACCACUGACCGGGUAACAUGGAACGGGCACACCGACAGGAGGAUCGGUGGGAACGAGGCUUGGGGAUUCACCUUUGGGCAAUGGAGAACUCUUCAAUGUGUCCAAGGCCAAGAAGGUGGAGCUACAGAAUCUAUCAUCACGAUUUGCAGCCGCCGUGAACCAGACACCUCAAGGUGUUUUGGUAACAGGAGCAAUAAACCAUGAAGCAGGAUCUACAGGAGCUACAGCUACAUCCUCGUCGCUGGAAACGCAAUCAACUGUUAUAAUUUCGUUUAAAUCAUCUCAAACACCUGUGCAGUCUCAAACGAAUCCUGCUCCUGGUCCUGCUCCUGCUGCUCCACAUCCUCCACCUCCACCUGCCGGUUUCGACAAUGUGGAGGAUGACACGGCACCCCUGCCCUGCCUACCAGCACCGCCACCUGGCUUUGGGACACCAACAACGCCCCAUCAUCUGUCGAGCAAUGUGCUCAAGAAGGUCGCCAGCUUCACGGUCGAGAAAUCGUCGGCGGGCAAUUGCUCCACACCGAAUGCCAAUACCCCGCUGCUCUCCGAGGAGACAACGCUUCUGGCCACGACACCAACAUCGUCGCUACUGGCAACCCAAAAUCCAGAAAUUGGAGGAGUUGGUGGAGCUGCCGGAACGGGCACCAGUUCGCGUCGCGGCUCAUCUUAUGUACCGGAAAAGUUAAGCUUCGCUGCAUAUGAAAAGUUUGAAGGUCAAAUGCUGAUGAAAUGGCUAAUCUCAACGAUGCAGAGCAACCCGAAGAGUCCUGCCAAUGAGUGCUUCAACCAGGAUAAUUCAUUCUUCAAUUCUCUGGCUAUGCAAUUCUGCAAUAAUCUCAAAUAUGUCGGUGUCCUCAAGCAGAUCUCCAGUGAGCAUUUGGAUGGCGGAUUUAGCCCCUAUGAGAUGUACCAAUGGACCCAUACGGAACAGCCGACGACAUCGCUCCCACUGACACCCGGCAAGCUGGACAAGGUGGCGGCCUGGCCCUUCUCCAGCACACCCGCUGGACUUCGAACAUUGGAAGCUAGCUCACUGGCGGGAACAGGAGCUGGAGCUGCUGGUGCUGGUGCCUUGGGAGGAGCUAUUGCCGCCACCUCAGGGACUGGGACAUCCACAACAGCGAUACCCGAUAGCCAGAAGACGCUGCAGCAGAUCCUGAAGAAGCGUCUGCUCAACUGCUCCACGCUGGCCGAGGUGCAUGCGGUGGUCAAUGAGCUGCUGAGCAGCGUGGAUGAGCCGCCGCGACGCCCUUCCAAGCGGUGUGUGAAUCUCACGGAUCUGCUCAAUGCCAGCGAGGCAACCAUUUAUGAGUACAAUAAAUCCGGAGGAGCUAACUCGGGAUUGAAGACUUACGCGGAAGCAGGGACACAAACGGAAACGGAAGUGACGGAGUGCAAGGGUUCCUGCAAAUGUGGUGAAUCCCCGAAAGAAAGGGAUACCACGGCUAAGGAGAAGCAGAAAACUGGAGCUGCUGCACCGCCUCCUCCGCCACCUCCUCCGCCGCCGGCUCCAGCGCUUGCUGGUCCACCGCCACCACCUCCUCCGCCGCCUGCCUUUGGUAUACCUGCGCCACCGCCCAUUCCUGCACCGCCCCGAGCUCCUGGAGCUCCACCACCUCCACCGCCGCCACCGGGCAGUGGUGCCGCCCCGCCUCCACCGCCUCCUGCUCCAGGUGGACCAGGCGCACCUACUCCGCCGCCCAUGAGCCCGUCCGAUUCCGCUAAGACGCUAAACUCACCCGCCCCGCUGCCCGAUCCCGCCGAAGGGAACUGGUUCCAUCGCACAAACACUCUGCGCAAAAGCGCUGUUAACCCGCCGAAGCCCAUGCGUCCCUUGUACUGGACACGUAUAGUGACGAGUGCCCCACCAGCGCCACGUCCCCCCUCCGUAGCCAAUUCCACAGAUUCCACUGAGAACAGUGGGAGUUCUCCGGAUGAGCCGCCAGCUGUGACAAGUGUCGAUGGAGCUGCAGGAGAAGAUCCACCCACAAAGGAGAUCUGGACAGAGAUCGAGGAGACGCCCCUCGAUAAUAUCGACGAAUUCACGGAGCUCUUCUCACGCCAGGCCAUGGCGCCGGUCGCCAAACCCAUUGAACUGAAGGUCAAGCGAGCCAAGUCCAUCAAAGUUCUCGAUCCGGAGUCGCGAAAUGUGGGCAUCAUUUGGAAAAGUUUACACGUGACAUCCCGUGAGAUCGAGCAUGCUAUAUAUCAUAUAGACACCUCGGUGGUCAGUUUGGAAGCCCUGCAGCACAUCCGGAACAUGCAGGCCUCGGAGGAUGAGCUGCAGAAGAUUAAGGAAGCAGCUGGAGGCGAUAUACCCCUCGAUUUGCCUGAGCAAUUCCUGCUGGACACCUCACUGAUAUCCAUGGCCAGCGAGAGGAUUUCCUGCAUUGUCUUCCAGGCGGAAUUCGAGGAGUCCGUAACACAGUUGGUUCGGAAAAUUGAAACAGUGACUCAAUUAUCGCGACAAUUAAUCGAAAGCGAGGAUCUGAAACUGGUUUUCUCCAUUAUCCUGACACUUGGCAACUAUAUGAACGGAGGUAAUAGACAGCGCGGCCAGGCCGAUGGCUUUAACCUGGACAUCUUGGGUAAACUGAAGGAUGUGAAGUCCAAGGAAUCGCACACCACUUUGCUCCAUUUCAUUGUGCGCACAUAUAUUGCGCAUCGGAGAAAGGAGGGAGUGCAUCCAUUGGAGAUUCAAUUGCCGAUACCAGAGCCACCGGAUGUGGAGAGAGCGGCGCAAAUGGAUUUUGAGGAUGUGCAAAGGCAAAUCACCGAACUAAACAGGAGAUUUGCAGGUUGCAAAAGAACCACAGCCAAAGUCUUGGCCGCCUCUCGUCCCGAUAUACUGGAGCCCUUCAAGUCUAAAAUGGAGGAGUUUGUUGAGGGAGCAGACAAAUCCAUGGCCAAGCUACGUCAGUCCCUCGAGGAGUGCCGCGAACUAUUCCUGGAAACAAUGCGGUUCUAUCACUUUUCCCCUAAAGCCUGCACUCUAACCCUGUCCCAGUGCACGCCCGAUCAGUUUUUUGAAUACUGGACGAAUUUCACCAAUGAUUUCAAGGACAUUUGGAAAAAGGAGAUCAACAAUCUUUUAAAUGACUUAAUGAAGAAAUCAAAACAGGCCCAAAUCGAGUCUCGUCGCAACGUCUCCACAAAGGUGGAGAAGUCCGGACGGGUUUCUCUAAAGGAACGCAUGCUGAUGAGGCGCAGCAAAAACUAAAUUAACUAUCUCUAUCUCUCUGCCCACAACGCAAUGAUAUAUUUUUUAAUUGUGGUUGCAUUUUUUAUCACGCAUUAUUGCUAAGCAAAUUUCUCGUUACAUGGAUUCAUUCUCUGCUAUUUUUUAAGUUACAAAACUGUAUAAAAUAAAUUUAAAAGGAAAACAAUCUA